GUUGUACAACAGCCAGAGUCUUUGUCAACACUUUAAAGAUAAAAGUCCUCUCCGUAUUCUGAUUUAUCAUUCAAUAAAAAGCUGGGAGCGUUGCAUGUUGUUAGGUCGGUCGGGUUUCCGCAGCAAACAAAUUGUUUUUUCUGUCAUAUCCGACGGCGACCAUGAAGGUGGUUUGGGUUUUCCUGGUUGUUGCGAUACAUAGAGAUGUUCUGUGUGGAGAGGAAUGUGAGGAAAUCAUCGCUCCGAUGUGUAGAGGACUUAUCAGAUAUAAAAAGACGAAGAUGCCGAACAUGUUUGGACACCAAACUCAAGCGGAGGCGUACAGGAGAAUGGAGCGUUAUUGGGCCAGCAUGGACUUACCGUGUUCGAACAACUUCCGUUCAACGAUCUGUGGUGUUUUCUUCCCGCAAUGUAAAAGUGGAAAAGGUUCUUUGUCCGUAAAACUUCCAUGUCGGGAAGGGUGUCUGUACGCCAAGAAAGAAUGUCGAGAAUCCUUCAGAACCCUGAACAUGACAUGGCCAAGCAAGGUUUUGAAGUGUAAAACACUGAACAGAAAGAAGUCUAAGAACUGCAUCAAGCCUUAUCGAAAAAUGAAGAAACCUCCAGUUCCGAAAUUCCUUUAUUGUGAGCCGAAUCAAAUCGAGAUGUGUAAUGGAUUCAAUGUCGGGAAGGGUUCGCUUCCAAAUUUUUUCCAACAGGGGAAUCCAAAGGAGAUUUCCAAGGAACUGGAAAAUUAUCGUCUGCUCCUAAGAUCAAACUGCAGCCCGAACUUACGUUUCUUCAUGUGUGGUGUUUACAAGCCAUUCUGCCCUUCUAACAAUCGGCCGAUAGUUCUACCGUGUCGAGAGCUAUGUGAAGAGGUGAGGACGUCGUGUGAGCCAGCAUAUCGCCGAUUAUAUCAAGGACUUAAAUGGCCGGCCAAAUUCCAGUGUCACCGAUACCCGUACUCCAACUCGACCAUGAUACCUUGUAAGGUGCGUGACGUCAUCGGACCGGAUGAUGACGAACCUUUCAUACCAAGGUAUUAACAUUUCUGACAAAAUGAAGGAUUCGAUUUGCGGAUUUUUUUUUUCUGACGGAAAACUAUGAUUUGUAAAUCUGUUGAUUAUCCGGAUCGUGUUUUAUUAAACUAUCGUGAAAAACAAGCUCACUUCACAACAGUCAUACAUGUACAGCAAUUAGCAUUGAGUUCGAGGUUUCCCACUAUCUUUAUGUAUGUCUGCUUAUCAUUCAUUUUUUUUUUUUUUUUUUUUGCUUUGAAUCUUGAUUUUUCCAGGAUUCAUAAUAUACAUCCAUACAAGUUUUUGUACCAAAUAUAUGGAAUCUGGUGCCAGGAUCUCCAGAUGAGGUUGAUGAAACGCUCUCUGGAGUUAUCCCAAGGAAUACUACAUUGUAUUUUUACCUGUAACCGAUUUAAAUUUUCAAUGACUAAGAUAAUGAAAUCGUGUAUUUUCAUGCGCUAUUUUCCAUUCCAAUUAUAUAAAUAUGUUUGAAAUUA